AUGGAAAUCACCGGUUACGCUCUUAUCGUCGGUGGAGGGAGCGGGAUAGGCCGAGCCUGUGUGGCGGCGUUUGCGAGCGAGGGGGCCUCGGGCAUCGUGGUGGCCGAUCUGGACCACGCCGCGGCCAGAGCCGUCGCCGACGAGGCCAUGGCCGUAGCCAAGGACCCGCGCUUCCAGGUUCACUCGCGGCCGAUCGACGUGAGAAGCGAAGCAUCCGUCGAGCAGGUCAUUCGGGACGUGGUCGGCCUCUUCGGGCGAGUGGACUACUGCGUGAACUGCGCGGGCAUCGGGGUUGAGAAGGCCGCUGCUGUUGCCGAGGCCGACGUCGGCGAGUUCGCCCGCUUCCUCGAGGUCAACGUCAAGGGGACGUUCCUGGUGACGCGCGCGGCGUCGGCGGCGAUGGCGGCGCAGGAGCCGCUGCCGCAGCUGCAGGGUCGUGGCCGGGGCAAAGAGGCGGUUGGAGGACGCUCCUCCUUCCGAGGCGCCAUCGUCAACAUGGCGUCGGCAUCGUCUUACGUUUCCACUCCGGGCAUGGUGCAAUACACGACGUCCAAGCACGCCGUCCUGGGCUUGUCCAAGAACGCGGCACUGGAUAAUGCCGCCCAUGGGAUACGCGUCAACUGCAUCUGCGCCUCCUGGGUACGGACGCCCAUGGUGCAGAAAGCCAUUGACAACGUGCCGGGCCUGGACAAGAUGAUCGAGGCGGCCGUCCCGAUGGGUCGCAUGGCGCUGGCCGACGAGAUCGCCGACUCGGUCAUCUUCCUGUGCAGCCCCCGGUCCAGUCGUCAUAUCACAGGCCACGAUGCCGAGGGCAAGUCCGUUUUCCUCGUCACCGACUCCGGCUCCCACCACCGCGUCAUGGGCCAGAACCAGGCCGUUGCCACCAUCCUCUACUCGACCAAGGAGACGCCCAUCGAGUGCAACGACAAUGCGGACAUGAAGUUUGCCCAAGACACCGAGCCUCCGCUGCACUACCCCAGCGGGUCCGUCGUGCGCAUGAUCGACUUCGGCCCGGGUAUAGAGUCGCCCUUACACCGGGCCAUCUCGGUUGACUAUGGCGUGGUCCUGGAGGGGGUUUUCCAGCUGACUCUGGACUCGGGCGAGUCGCGCAUCAUGCGGCAGGGCGAUGUGUGCAUCCAGCGAGCCACUUCCCACAAGUGGAAGAACAUCACUGGCAACGGCACCUUGCCGGGUCGUAUGCUCUGGGUCUUGCUGCCAUGCAACGACAUCUUGGUUGGCGGGGAGAAGGUAGAGGGCUUCCUGGGCCAUCUUAAGAAGGAGUACGAGCGAUGA